CCAAUCCCUUAUUCCCCCUCACGGGUUAAUUUAAUCUGGGAUUCUUCUUUUGCUUUGUGGGCAUUUCUUUAUGGGGUUGCAGAGAAGUGAAGCUGUCUCUUCUGAUACAAAGAAUUUUGGCUUUGCAUGAUCAAUAAAGAAACAAAUGAUGAUCUAAUGAAUUCUCAUCAAACCAAAGAAACAGUUUACCUGCGAAAAGGAAUAAGUCAUUGUGAAGAAAACAAUUUCCAAACUAGCUCUGAAAAGAAUAAGAAUAUCCAAAGCAAUACAUAAAGCCAGAACCCAAGGCAGAGAAAUUAAACUAUAUCCAUAAAUUCUUUCUCUUGAUCAGUUGUGUAUAAAAGCCCAUCAAGUUCUGUGAGUCUUAACACAUAAUUUCAGAAGAAAAUCAGGGUAAAAAUUUAUUAAAAUGGAUUCAAGGCGACGAGGGACUACUGCAGCUGAACGUGUAUAUGAAGAUUUUGAGCCUUCAAUAGAUUGGGUACGAGAGCCUGGAGCUGACACGCUCAGGGUCUAUCUACCAGGGUUCAAAAAGGAGCAAAUGAAAGUACAAAUAACCUUAUCUCGAAAGCUAAGGCUCAGUGGAGAACGUCCCCUCGGUGAAGGCAACAAAUGGAGUCGUUUCCACAAAGAAAUUCCCAUUGAUUCAAAUUAUGAUCCUAAUGAAAUCGGUGCUAAGUUUGAAAAAGGAAUACUUCUUAUAAGACACCCUAAAAUAAUUGUUCCUUACAAUGAGCCACAGGAGAUGAUAAAACCAUCCACUGAAGCCCCAAAGCCUCCAAAGCCACCGCAUGACGAUCCACAGCCACCAGCAGACACUCCAAAGCUAAAAACUCAGCUCUCUGAUGUGCUGAAGCCUAGAGCGAUGAAAACAGAACCCUUUAUGCCUGAAAAACGUGAACCUCAGGCUGCAGAUACUUCAAAAAGAGGUUCGCUUCAGAUAAAGGAGAAACAGAAGGAAACGAGCGAAGAAGAUCAGAAGAGAAAUGGAUGGACUGAUGCAGCUGAAAAGGGUACCACCACAGCCAACAGAGGCACAAAAGAAGCAAAAGUUGCUGAUUUUGUUCAGGAUAAGACAGAUAUGAAUGGAGUUGGAACAGGAAUUAUACGGGGAAGUUAUUAUCACUUUGCAACAGAAAAUUUCAAGCAGGUUUUUGGAGAUAUGGUAAUGGAGGUGAAGAAGCCAAGAAAUUUGAAGAAUGGGGUUCUGGUUUUUUUAAUUGCGGUGCUUGGAUUGUAUGCAUUUAGGUAUCUUAAGAAAAUAUAACAACCAACUCAUCUAUAAUCUCCUUGUGUAUAAACUAAUUUAAUGAAAUUUCAUUUUAUUUGUAUUUUAA